UAUUGUCUAUUUUCCAACGGGAAAGCAACAGGGCGGAGUAAAAAACCAACCAACGAAACUGCUCCGUCAACGCGCAUCCGCCACGAUCUCCCGUCCUCCCCGCCGUCUUCGUCGCCUCCGCCGCCGUCGCCUCUCUCUUCAAAAGGCUCAUUAUCCGGCUAUGAAUCCAUUCUGCUGCGCCUCUUCUGCUCCAGUCUCUCCAGCAGCAGCCGCCGCCGCGGCGACCUCCUUAACUUUCCCCUCCCUACCCGCCAUGCCCCCUCCUCCACCCCCGCUACCGCCGCCUCCCUUUACCUCAGACGUCCGCAGGCGAGAAUUCUUUCCUGCAAAUAGAAGCGGCGGCCUCCGCUCCCCUGCCGGAACGGACAGCGAUCAAGGCCGCUGUCACAGGUCCGCGGAUCUCUCCGCCUCCCACCGCACUUCGUUCCACGACGCGCCACUUGACCACCGAGAGGUCCAACUCAACAACAUCGUCGGAGACGGUAUCGUCGGGAUUCUCCAUAAGUGGGUCAACUACGGCAAGGGAUGGCGACCGCGCUGGUUCGUGCUACAUGACGGUGUACUGUCUUACUACAAGAUCCACGGCCCCGAUCGCAUCGACCUGAGGCAGGAAUCUGAGAAGGGUUCCAAGAUCAUCGGGGAGGAGUCUGCCCGAAGGCUCGCCCGCCGGAAGAAAGGUGGCUCGCACCAUCCCCGCAAGCCGGUCGGCGAAGUCCAUCUUAAGGUUUCCUCGAUACGGGAGAGUAGAUCGGACGAUAAGAGAUUCUCCAUUUUCUCCGGGACCAAGCGCCUUCACUUGAGAGCGGAGACGGGGGAUGACAGGGUGGCGUGGGUGGAGGUGCUGCAGGCGAUGAAGGACAUGUUCCCGAGGAUUUCCAACGGUGACCACAUGGCACCGGUCGACAACGUGCUGGUGUCCACAGAGAAGUUGCGUAAGAGGCUGCAAGAGGAUGGACUGAGUGAGACGGCGAUACAGGACUGCGAGCAGAUCAUGCGAAGCGAGUUCGCUGCGUUGCACAAGCAGCUCGUGCUACUUCAGCAGAAGCAAGCCCUCCUGGUCGACACCCUCCGACAUUUAGAGACAGAAAAAGUUGACUUGGAGAAUACUGUUGUUGAUGAGAGCCAAAGGCAAUCAAAAAAGAAAGGGUCAGCCUAUAGAUCAAGACAUGAGAAAUGUAGUGAAUGGAGUGCAAGUGAAUCUGAUUAUGACAAUGAAAUGUAUGAUGCUGCUGAAGAAGAUACAGAUGAUGAAGAUAAUACAUAUUUUGAUACACGAGAUUUUCUCUCAUCAGGCUCUUUUAAGAGCCCUGAAUCUAGCUUCCAAAGAUCUGAUUAUGAUUCUGAUGAUCAGAAUGAUUAUGGUAUCGGUUCUGUCAGUGAUUCCUCAAUGCAGUAUGAGGGAUUAAAAUAUUCCCAUGUUACCAGGCGGAAAAAAAUGCCUGAUCCAGUUGAAAAGGAAAAAGGAGUGAGCCUCUGGUCAAUAAUUAAGGACAAUAUUGGAAAGGAUCUUACAAAAGUUUGCCUUCCUGUGUAUUUCAAUGAACCUCUUUCCUCAUUGCAGAAAUGUUUUGAGGACUUGGAAUAUUCAUACCUUCUUGACCAAGCUUCUGAAUGGAGCAAAAAGGGAAAUGGACUAAUGAGGAUGCUUAAUGUGGCUGCUUUUGCUGUUUCUGCAUAUGCUUCAACUGAUGGCAGAUCCUGCAAGCCGUUUAAUCCACUGUUGGGGGAGACAUAUGAGGCUGACUAUCCAGACAAACGCCUUAGGUUCUUCUCAGAGAAGGUCAGUCACCAUCCCAUGAUUGUUGCUUGUCAUUGUGAAGGUAAAGGAUGGAAAUUCUGGGGUGAUAGCAAUUUAAAAAGUAAAUUUUGGGGCCGCUCAAUUCAACUGGAUCCUGUUGGUGUUUUAACCCUUGAAUUUGAUGAUGGAGAAGUCUUUCAAUGGAACAAGGUGGCAACUUCCAUUUACAACCUUAUAUUAGGAAAACUUUACUGUGAUCAUUAUGGGAUUAUGCGGAUACAAGGAAAUCGUGAAUAUUCAUGCAAGCUAAAGUUUAAGGAACAGUCAAUAAUAGAUCGAAAUCCUCAUCAGGUGCAAGGCAUAGUUCAGGAUCGUAAUGGAAGAACUGUUGCUACACUAUUUGGUAAAUGGGACGAGAGUAUGCACUAUGUCAAUGGAGACUGCUCUGGGAAAGGUAGAGGAUGUGAGCCAUUGUCUGAAGCACACUUGCUGUGGAAACGUAGCAGGCCUCCUAGUUGUCCUACCAGAUACAAUCUCACACGGUUUGCAAUAACACUCAAUGAACUCACCCCUGGGUUAAAGGAAAAAUUGCCACCUACUGAUUCAAGGCUAAGACCUGACCAGAGGUGCUUGGAGAAUGGGCAGUAUGAAAUGGCAAAUGCUGAAAAAUUGAGACUUGAAAAAUGUCAACGACAGGCAAGAAAGAUGCAGGAAAGAGGAUGGAAACCUCGGUGGUUUGCGAAAGAUAAAGAAAAUGACACAUAUAAAUACGUAGGUGGUUACUGGGAAGCCAGAGAAGAGGGCAAAUGGGAUGGAUGCCCUGAUAUCUUCGGUCAAGUCGCCAAUGAUCAAAUUGAUGAUUGACUAUAAUUUUUAAAAGCAAACGUAUUUCUUUGAUUUAUUUUCCGUCUAUAUUUAUUACUUUUUUGUUCUUUGCUUUCCUGGUUCUAAUGGUUUUAUAGCCAUUUUUUAGCAACUAAAUUCAGUGUAAAGCAUAAAGAAAUGAGAAUGUAGGUUAUACUGAUGUUUACUUAUUGGUCCAAUUAACUUAACACAAGAUACUCUUUUCCCUAAA